ACUAUAAACACUAAGUCCACCCUCUCCUCAAUUUCUCACAACACAAUUUCGCUCUCUUCCUCUUCACAUUCACAUAAACAAAAAAAGAAGAAGACAAAGAAAGAGACAAAGAAGAAACGAAGAACUAUAUCUCUCUAUCUCUUGAGCUCUAACUAACUCACAAAACACACUCAUACAUCAAGAGAAAAUGGCUCAAUUCAUGAAGAUAUUCGUGGCAAUAGCAUUCACAAUCGCAAUCACGGUCGGCGUCAUUAGUACCACGACCACGACCACGACCGCAACAUUUUCACUCCAAGACCCUGUUAAGGAUCUUACACCGCCAGGCGCCGUAAAGAUCAGACCGAGUCGCUUCUUGGCCCAAAAGGUCAACGAGGGCCAAGGACCUAAAGCCCGAAACCCUAAUGCAGCUGACCAUUGCAACAAGGAGCCAGAGAUCUGCAGCAGCAGCUAUUACAGCACCGGAGCAAACUCUACAAUGGCUUGUUGCAACAACAAGUGUAUGGAUCUAUCAGCCGACGACAAAAACUGCGGUGCAUGUAAGAACAAAUGCAAAUUCGGGCAAACGUGCUGUCGCGGUCAGUGCGUUUACGUGGCUUACGAUAAGCGCCAUUGCGGUGAGUGUAACCAUAGAUGCAAUCUUGGCGAGCUCUGCGUCUACGGUCUCUGUAACUACGCGUGAUGAAUCAAUCAUUCAUUACCGUAAGAAAAAAAAACAAAUUUAAGUAAAAUAUAGGGAUAAUUUAUUUACUUGGACGCUAAUUAAAGAAAAGGUCGUUCCAAUUAAUUAUUUACUUCAUAAUUGAUUAAGUGUUGUGUUGUGUGUAUUUUUGGAUUCCCAUAAUGUUUU